AACGCUUACGAAAAGAGGAGACCCGUGAAGUUUAUUGCCUCCCCUUCUUCCUUCUCUAAAGCCCGUUUACUUUCCUAUCUUUUGUUUUGUUUUGUUCUUGGGACUGUUUCAGUUUUCAACUUUGUCCCUUUGCAUAAUCCCCCAAAGCCCCCACUAAGCUUCUCCUUCAGCUUCAUAUCAUCAGGUUAUUUUCUGAAAUAGUCGGCCAAUGGAGAAGGCUGUUGGCUGCAUUUCAGGGACAUCUAGGAAGAGAAAGUUGCCUCAAGAAGGCAAUGAUAUGUUGAACUUCUCCUUGGAUGAGCUCACUGAUGACCUACUCGAAAGGGUCCUUUCGUGGUUACCAACCUCGAAGUACUUUCACCUUGGUUCAGUGUGCAAGAGAUGGAAAUCGGUUGCUGCUUCUGAAAGUUUUAAGCUGGCUUGCUCUAGGAUUCCUUCAAGGGAACCUUUGUUUUUCAUGGUGGAUCCCAAUCUUGAUCGAUCUGUUGUCUUCGACUCUGCUGAAAGAAGUUGGAAAAAACUAAAUCAUAGGCCCCUCCCCUCGAAUAACUGUAACUGUGAUUCCAUCCCGGUUGCAGCAGCUGGUGGGCUUGUUUGUUUCCGCAAUAUGUCCGGUGAUUACUUUGUAUGCAAUCCUGUUACAGGAUUGUGUCGGGAACUCCCUCCAGUGAAUCUGGACUCUCAUGAUCGCCCCCUUCAUGGUAUAGCAAUGACUUCAUAUUCCAAUUACCAUGGCUACUACAAGUUGGUCUUAGUCUCUGGUGAUCUUUCAAAGCUGUCGUUCAGAGUUUAUAACUCUAGUGCUGAUUGCUGGGAAGAAGAGAUUUUGUUAAGGAGAAAAACCGAUGAUUGUAAGGAAUUUAAUUCAACAGAUGACAACAACGAUGCUGUGUACUUCCUUAGCAAAGCUGGAAACGUGGUGGCAACUAACAUGCAGAGAAACCCAUCCAAGCAAUAUUCAUCAGUCAUUACUUUUAAAGACGGUGAGGAGAUUGUUUAUUUCCUCAGCUCCACUGGAACAGUUGUAGCUUGCAAUCUGACCCAGAAGCAUUUCUCUGAAUAUCCCAGACUGUUGCCUGUCUCUUUCGAGUACUCCAUCGAUGUGGUGGAGUGUAAAGGAGAGAUGUUGGUUGUUAUGUUAUCGGAAUUCUUUGAAAGUGCAAGCCUUAGGGUGUGGAGAUUCGAUGAGAAAACAAAGACUUGGAAUCAGAUUGCAAGCAUGCCUCCUGCAAUGUCACACGAGUUCUAUGGCAAAAAAGUCGACGUAAACUGUGUCGGGGCUGGUGACCAGAUAUUUAUCUGCUUAAGCUCUGCUGAGCUGUGCAGUUACGUUCUUUGUGAUAUCGUGGCUAACGAAUGGGUUGAACUUCCCAAGUGUUGUAUGAAUGGUGAAGCCAUGGACUUCAUGUCUGCUUUCUCAUUCGAGCCAAGGAUUGAAGCUUCUGUAUGAACACUUGUUGUGGAAUCUGCAAUGUUUUCAAGGAUUUGAUAAUGCAGUCUGUAGUUCCUUUUGCUUUGCUUAAUUUAUUUGUAAUUGUAUUCGUUUAGAGCAUUGAUUUUUUUCUCCCCUCUUAUUUGAAUUGUUUAAGCAAAUCAGCCCCUUUGCUGAACGUAUUAAUUA